GUUUGCGAUAGGAUAUUAGGAUCCAGCGAAGAAGAAGAAGAAACAAUGGCGAGUAGCUUAGGGAUAGUCGUUGUCCCGUCGUGUUCUGGAGAUCGAUUCUCAAGACCUAACUUCUCAGUUUCCUCUUCGUCUGCCUAUUUCCGUUGCUGGCGCGGACGAAUCAAUGUCGGAACCGUCGUGAAUUCAGCUCGCAGACGCCACGACGUCGGUGGAUUAUUAGUUUCUGGUUGUCUCUCUCCGCCGGAUUCUUCAUCUCCACCGUCUUCUAUCUCCGGUCCGAAGACGAAACUCUAUGUGAGUGGGCUUUCUUUCCGUACAACUGAAGAUAAGUUGAGAAAUGCUUUUGAACAGUUUGGCAAGCUUACACUUGUUAACUUGGUGAUGGAUAAAGUAGCAAAUAGACCAAGAGGGUUUGCUUUCCUGAGGUAUGAGACUGAGGAGGAGUCUAUGAGAGCUAUUCAAGGGAUGCACGGAAAGUUUUUGGAUGGAAGAGUUAUAUUCGUGGAGGAAGCUAAACCCAAAUCCGAUAUUCAAAGAGCUAAACCCAGACCAGAUUUCAACAGAUCUCAGACUAAACCUCGCACCUUUCGCACUUGGUAGUAGGGUUGGGCAUUCGGGGUCCCAAUCGGGUUUCGGUUCGGGUUCAUUCGGGUUUCGAGUUUUCGGGUUCAUGAAUUUCAGCCCCAUUCGGAUAUUAUAAAAAUUCGGGUCGGAUUCGGUUCGGGUUUAAUCGGGUUCGGUUCGGAUUUAGUAACAUGUCCAAAAUCCAAUUGAACCCGAAAUAGUUUCGGUUUCGGAUACUUAUUGGGUUAUCGAUUCUAAAAGUACUAAUUUAUACUCAAUUAAGUUCACUAUAUUUUCAAUUUUUUUUUUAUUAAAUUGUGUAUUUAGCUUCUACAAACCGUGUUGUUCUGCUUCUAAAUAAUAUUAUGAAACUCAUCUAUCAACA